AUGCAUCAUCCAGCUAGCUCUGAAGCAGUUCAUGAAGGGAUCGGUAAUUCUUCUGCUCGCCCAGUUGUGUAUGAGGGCCUGGAAAAUGAAAAGACCAAACGCGUUGUUGCGUCGGCGUCGCUUAUCGUUGAAUGGAAAUUCAUCCACAGAGCGGGCUGCCGUGGUCGAAUCGAAGAUGUUGUUGUGGAUGAAGCCCUACGAGGGAAGCAUCUGGCCAAGUGUCUCAUUGAGACUUUAGUUGGAAUAGCCAGGAUCAUCCAUGUCUACAAGUUAUCACUGGAAUGCAAAGAUGAACUGAUCUCCUACUACGAGCAGUUCGAAUUCAGCAAGGACAAGGGCAACAAUUUCCUUGUCCGCAGAUUUGAAAUUCCUGAGACUGAUACUUCGCCUUGA